UAAAUGAAUGGUGAACAAUUCCGCGAUUGGGUGAGAGCAGCGCUAUGGGAUGAGAAGUAUAGAGUGCGCCGCUUUGGAGAUCUGUGUCAGUCGGGAGACAGCCGUGGGCCCCCGGAGCUUGAGAGGGCGGGGGCAGGAUGGACGCGGCUACUCUCACUUACGAUACUCUCCUGUUUGAGUACGAAGACUUCCCAGAAACCAAAGAGCCUGUUUGGAUCCUGGGAAGAAAAUACAGCGCACUAACAGAGAAAGAAGAGAUUUUGUUGGAUGUCACUUCUCGUCUUUGGCUUACAUAUAGAAAAGGUUUUCCAGCCAUUGGGGGAACAGGUCCGACAUCUGACACUGGUUGGGGUUGUAUGCUAAGAUGUGGCCAGAUGAUUUUUGCCCAGGCUUUGGUUGGCAGGCAUUUAGGCAGAGAUUGGAGGUGGAUGAAAGGGAAGAAACAGAUAGACAACUAUUACAAUGUUCUCAAUGCUUUCAUUGAUAAAAAGGACAGUUACUACUCAAUCCACCAAAUAGCCCAGAUGGGAGUUGGAGAAGGCAAAUCCAUAGGCCAAUGGUAUGGACCAAAUACAGUUGCACAGGUACUCAAAAAACUUGCCACAUUUGAUACAUGGAGUUCUUUGGCAGUGCACAUAGCCAUGGACAACACUGUUGUGAUAGAGGAAAUAAGAAGGUUAUGCAAGCCCAACUCUCCAUGUCCCGGAGCCUCAGCAUUUCCUUCUGCAGAAUCAGAUUUUCUUUCUAAUGGUUAUCCAGAUGGAGAUGAAUCUACAGACUGUUUAUUGCUUUGGAAGCCACUAGUGCUGCUGAUACCUCUUCGCCUUGGUCUCACAGACAUCAAUGAAGCCUAUAUUGAAACACUGAAGCAUUGCUUUAUGAUGCCUCAGUCGUUAGGUGUGAUUGGAGGAAAACCCAAUAGUGCUCAUUAUUUCAUUGGAUAUGUUGGUGAAGAACUAAUCUAUCUUGACCCGCAUACUACUCAGCCUGCAGUGGAACUUGUAGACAGUUACCACAUCUCUGAUGAAAGCUUUCAUUGCCAGCAUCCGCCUUGCAGAAUGAGCAUUGCAGAACUGGAUCCUUCUAUUGCAGUAGGAUUCUUCUGCAAAAAAGAAGACGACUUCAGUGACUGGUGCCAGCAAAUCAAGAAGUUGUCACUGAUUAGAGGAGCCCUUCCCAUGUUUGAGCUAAUAGAACAUCAGCCUUCACACUUCUCUAGUCCUGAUGUCUUGAAUCUCACUCCAGAUUCUUCUGAUGCAGACAGAUUGGAAAGAUUCUUUGAUUCAGAGGAUGAAGAUUUUGAAAUCUUAUCACUUUAACAAAAGAAACUACAAUAACUGCCAAUUUGGGUUGAGUGGGGGAGGGGAGCUCCUUGGAGAGCCUAGGGCUACCAGCUUUCAUAGGUGCUUGUUGACAUCCUUGCCUCCCAUUUACCCCAGCAUUCUGUGCAACCUUGGAGCAGAGUGGAUUUUUGCAGUGGGAUCAAGAAACGGGUCGUCAUUAAGGCCUUAAUAGCUUUAGUUACUUUCUCAGUGCAAGAAUAUCCAUGGGAAAGGGAUGCAAAGUUUUCUAGGAGCUGGAAAUUAUUUUCAUAGGAACAGGAACAGGCACAAAGGCUUGACUAUAAUAGUAAAAGCUCUUCAGAGUGUUUGGCCUAAGUUCUCUCUAUUAUUAGGGAGUCUUGUUACUUCUGUUCCCAUUUUUAUAGUGUGAAAUGAAAACCAGCAUAACAGCUGUAAGACAGGUAUCUGCAUUAUGUCUCCCUAAUCAGCUGGCCAUAUUCUGAAUUAUUUGGGGCCACAAGCUCUCUCAAGAUUGACAGCACCAAAUAUUCCAACUUGUACUUUAGAUUUUCUCCAAUACAGUGCUUCCAUGGUUUUGGUUUCAAAGUUGCAAUUUAUUUUUUAAAAUAUAAUGUUCUACAUUCUAGCAAUCACAAGAGCAUAUCAUACAGAACAUGUUAAAAUAUGUUCUAAAGAUGACAAGAGAACAUCAGUAGAUAAUAUAGGGAAGGCUCUGACAGUUACUUUUCUCACAGUAAAUGCACAAACAGAAUGGUGUAACUCAGAUUUUGCUUUGUUAUUUUUAUUUGGAUAUUUUUCUAUUUUGUAUUAAAAAUAUGGCUGCUAUUUCAUAAAAUGAGGUGAAAACAUCCAUUAGCUGAUAAAUUAAAAGUGCUUCCGAUUCCUCCUUUUAAUAAAAUUUAGACUGUACAUGGGCACAAAUCUUGCGUUAACAGCUAUUUUAAAAUCACGAUUUCAGGCCAAAGGUGUGUUCUCAUCUCCCCUUUUGAAAGUACCACACAAAGCUAUUUCUAUUGUGUGUCUUUAUUUGUUUUUCAUUUGUUUCAGUUCUUAAUAUGUAAUUUUAAAGAAAGUUAAAGCAAAUUCUUCAUCCCUUAAAUCAUUACCUUUCUGGCCAGGAUUUCCAGCCCAUUAUAUUCCAAAAUAGCAGAAAAGUUCCUCUGUUUCUAAAAGAUAGGAAUGGCGGGCAAGAACCCCAUCAGUUCCAAGCAUUAGCUCAAUCAAUGGAUGUUGCAGUGGCAAAUAUGUUUACAAAGCAUUCUUGCCAGCAUUUAUAAGCAGAACUGUCAAACUACAGAUGGUACUAUAGCCAUCUAUAAAGUAACUGCAUAUAGUAGGUCCUGUUGCCUAUUUAGCUACUAGAAAUCAGAUUUGAACCAUGAUGCUUAUUUGUCAUUGUUAUAGCUUACUUUGCUUCUCCUUUUGGAAGAAGAGCAUAGUCAGAUUGUGUUUCAUUCAUCAACUGCUUUCAAUUUGUAUCUGAAUAAAACAAAUUUAAAAAGGCUUUUGUAUUCCUGGUACAUUUUUCUGCACCACUGAUUGAAAAUAAGACAAAAGAGAAUCAUAGAGUUACUUUCUAAUAAAUGUUCUAUUAUGUAUUUAAAAAAACGAUACACAUUCUAAAUAUUGUAAUAUAGCCUUUCCCAAUCUAGAAUAUAGUACUUAGGUUUCCUCAUUAAAUUUUGUGCAUAGACAUAACAAACAUUAUAUAGGAUUGAGUAACUGAUUGACACAUACAGCUCUAAACGAAUGUUAGUUAUAUUAUACAGUAUUAAAGCAUUUCCUUUUAAAAAGCAUUAAAAAACUGAUGGAAAAAUAACUGAAUUUGAAGAACAUAGAACUAAAAACUACAAACAAUUUAAAACUUGAAAACAUAAUUUAAACACAUUAAAUGUAAACCAGAUAUAUAUAAUUCAUAAAAAAGUACCAACAAGAGUAUAGAAAAAUAAGAGCAACUCACUCCAUGUGCAAGUGCUAAUUUGAAAGUAUCUCAUAAUCAAAUCACUCUUUUUGAGGAAUUUUCAAGACAGACAAUGGAGUAACGCACAAACAAAAAUUAAAAACAAACGUAGUUACCUAAGAAUUCUAUAGAACUUGGGGAAAGUGGUUUAACCUCCAUUGAAAACUAUAUGCUGAAAACCUUGCUCUUUGUCCAACUCAAUAGUUUUUAACUAUUAACUGAUUAAAUGAACGAAAUAUUCCUCCAAAUACAAAACGUUCUGCAUGUGCUUUGCAAAAAA